AGACACAUUGACAGUAUCAAUAAUAUUAUUUGUUAUUAACAUCGAAAAACAUUCAAAAUGGUUGAGGAACUUGACAAGACUCAGUUGCAGCUUCUGAAGAAUGCGUUCGACGCUUUCGACCACGAGAAGAAAGGAGUGAUCAGCACAGACAUGAUUGGGACUAUCCUGGAGAUGUUGGGCCAUGAGUUAGAUGAAGGCACGCUGAAGGAAAUCAUUCAAGAGGUCGACCAAGACGGUUCUGGAGAGUUGGAGUUCCCCGAGUUCUGUUCAUUAGCUUCUAAGUUCUUGACAGAAGAAGAGGAAGAUGACGAAGCGAUGGUCAAAGAGUUAAGAGAAGCCUUCAGAUUGUACGAUAAAGAAGGUAACGGCUACAUCACCACAGACGUACUUAAAGAGAUUUUCAGAGAGCUGGACAACACCAUCACAGCUGAUGACUUGGACACCAUGAUUGAUGAAAUUGACUCCGACGGAUCAGGCACCGUGGACUUUGAAGAAUUCCUUGAGGUCAUGACUGGUGAAUAAAUUUUAGUUAGUUUAGUUAGGUAAAAACAAUAGAAAUAGUUUAAACUCUAUUUAUUAAUUUAAAAACGACCAAAAUAUAUCUUCGAGGGCCUCGCUACGGUGAAG